UUCAACCAAGACAAGGAGACAUUGCGAGAACGAGUGUUAGGCCUAGUUUGGAACCCUAUCCUCGACGAAUUUUCGUUUUCUACGAGACAGCGCGAAGAGGUCGAUCAAUAUUUACAUGGUGGUAAGCGACCGACGAAAAGAAUUGCUAUGAUCUGCGUUAUGGGGUUCUUCGAUCCUCUGGGGCUGCUGUCAUUAUUCACGAUUCACGGGAAAAUUGUUCUGCAACAUCUGUGGCGAAAGGGCUGUGAUUGGGACGCAGUUAUGGACGACGAAAGCUGGAAGCUGUGGAAACGCUGGGUUGAUUUGCUGCCCGAGGUCGAAGCCAUCCGGAUUCCACGCUGCUAUAUCGGGAACGCUGUAUCGACGGAGAUCGAGUCGCUCGAGCUCCACAUCUUUACGGACGCUAGUGAGCAUGCUUACGGGUGUGUGGCCUAUCUACGUGUGCUUAUCAAAGGCAGGAUUCAAUGCAGUUUAGUUAUGUCUCGGGCAAAGGUGGCUCCACUCAAACGGCAAUCAAUUCCUCGACUAGAACUUAUGGCAGCGGUUCUCGGUGCCCGGAUGUAUCGAACGAUUGAGCGAAUGCUUACGCUGCACAUUUCGCGCUGCGUUCUUUGGACUGAUUCUCGCACGGUUUGUUCUUGGCUCCAGUCGGAUCAGUACAAAUAUAAGCAAUUUGUGGCAUUUAGGGUGGGAGAGAUUUUGGACUUGACUCAGGUAGUGGAUUGGCGUUGGAUACCGACUAAACUAAACAUAGCCGACGUACUGACCAAGUGGGGUCGCGGUCCGCCGUUACAAAGCGACGGUGAAUGGUUUCUGGGUCCUUCCUCCUUGCUAUUUCCCGAAUGCCAGUGGCCAUCAUCACAGUUUCCUUCCGGAGAAACCGACGAAGAUGCCAGAAGAGUUGUUCUGUUUCAUGAAGUCAUAAAGAUUGAGGCGAUUUCGAGAUGGAAUAGGCUGCUGAGAGUGACCGCCACAGUGUUGCGUUUUAUCGGAAAUUGCAAGCGCAAACAAAAAGGGUUGCCGAUACUCACAGCAAAGGCAACGACGAAUCAACAAUUAAUGCUGAAGACUGCACACCCCGCAGUACAAACACCGUUGCAGAAAAACGAACUACUGGAGGCGGAGAAAAUUUUGUGGAAACAAGCACAAUGGAACAGUUUCCCCGAUGAGAUGAGCGUGCUGACGAGUAACCUACAGUUAGCCCCUGGCCAGAAAGCAGAACGAAUCCCGAAAAGAAGUGCCCUAUACAAAUAUGCGCCGACGCUCGACGAAGAUGGCGUGCUACGAGUAGAUGGUCGACUGGUGAAUGCGGAAGCAAUGUCCUUCAAUCAGAGGUAUCCUGUUAUCUUGAGCCGUUUUCAUACCGUAACGAAGAAAAUCAUCCAGUAUUAUCACGAGCAGUUUGGACAUGCGAAUAGAGAGACAGUGUUCAACGAGAUACGGAAGAAGUUUGAAAUCCCGAACCUUCGUGCAGCAGUCUCUAGAGUAGCCGGUGAAUGCGUAUGGUGCAAAGUGCAUCGGUGCGUUCCACAUACUCCGCGCAUGGCACCACUGCCGGUUCAGCGUGUUACGCCUGGAAAACGCCCCUUCAACUCUGUCGGCGUGGAUUACUUGGGCCCUGUGGAGGUGACAGUUGGACGCCGAAAGGAAAAAAGGUGGGUCGCCGUUUUCACUUGCUUAGCGGUGCGUGCAGUGCACCUGGAAGUGGUGCAUUCCCUUUCAACGCAGUCGUGUCUCAUGGCACUAAGCAGAUUUGCCAGUAGGUAUGGGAAGCCAGAAGAGAUAUUCUCCGACAAUGCGACUUGUUUUCGAGGAGCGUGGAACGAAAUGGUAAAGGCCAAACAACAAAUCAACAGAAAGUGCGCCGAGGAAUUCAUCAGUUCAACUACUGCCUGGUAUUUCAAUCCCCCCGGCACCCCGCACAUGGGCGGUGUUUGGGAACGGAUGGUGCGAUCUGUAAAGGAAUCGAUGAAAGCGCUGGAUGACGGAAGGAAACUCACUGAUGAAAUCCUGAAAACAACAGUAGCAGAAGCAGCAGAUAUGAUCAACACGCGUCCACUCACGUACAAGCCUCAGGAACCCGCAGGCGAGGAAGCACUAACGCCAAACCAUUUUCUGCGAGGUGCAGUGACCAGUGCGGAUAUCCAGGUGGAGCCAGUGAGUGCAGCGGAGGCUCUACGAAACGUUUACAAACGUGCCCAGUACCUAAGCGACCGUAUGUGGGAGCGGUGGAUCACCGAGUAUCUACCUACGAUCAACAAACGCAGCAAAUGGUUUGACGAUAAGCGACAGUUGAGUGUUGGGGAUUUAGUUUUUCUGGUGGAUGGGAAAAUUCGGAAGAAUUGGAGGCGUGGAAAGAUAGUAGAAGUAUUUCCGGGAACAGACGGGACCAUUAGACAAGUCAGCGUGAGGACAGCAGACGGGAAGCUACAUCGCCGGGGAGCGGUUAACAUUGCGGUAAUGGAGAUAGUUGAAGGUAAAUCCGGAACAAGAAGUAACGCCGGAUGUUACGGGCCGGGGUCUGUUACCGCGACUGAACCUGCAAGCGGAGCAUCCCUCGGUCGAUGGUGACGUUUGGUUUUUCGCAACUAGCUCCCGCUCUUUGUGUCCGUGUGUGAACUGUCAAAAAACCGAAAAAGUUCACAUGUGGUUUGUUCUUUAUUGUACCCAGAAGCUGCCAUAGGAAUAACCUGAAUACUUACCGAAUACUUACCGAAAACAAAAGUAGGAAAGAGGAAAGGAAGAUAGUUAGAAAAGCUGGUCGGAAGGUAUUAGCGUGGGAGGAAAAUUUGAAAGUAAGAGAGAGAAAUUAAAUGUUAAAGAUGGAAAUUAAUAAAAGUUUAUUUAGUUUUAGCCUGCAUAAAAAAGGUGCUUGCUCAUUAUUUCUUUCCG